UCCACAAGACACUUCGAUUGAAAACCCAGAAAAACAGAACACCAAACUGACGUCCAACGUCAUAUGAUCACUUCCUAGCUAUCAAGAUGCCACAAAGUGGUCCCACCGGGCUGUCUGCCGACAGUGGGCGGAGCCGGCAGAGAAGGCCUUGGACGGCCAGGACGGAGCAGCUCCACUAUAAAAGCCGGUCCGGUCGGCACCACAGCAUCACACACCUCGCUGACGGCUAGCGACAUGAACGCUCUGGUGGCUCUCUCCGCCCUGGUGGCUGCGGCUUCGGCCCAGCUCGCCCUGCCCUACGCUGGCCUGUACAACGCCGGCCUGUACCACGGCUACAACGGCUAUGCCGGCUACAACGGCCUCUACCCGGCCGGCUACACUGGCUACAACGGCUUCUACCCCACCACCUACGCCGGCGGCUACCACCCGGCUGGCUACGCCGGCUACGGCUACGCCGCGCCCUACAGCUACGCGUCCACCUACCACGCCCAGGACGAGCUGGGCCAGGCGUCGUACGGACACGUGCAGGCCGACCAGGCCCACUCGGCCGUGCGCGACGCCUACGGUAACGUGGUCGGCAGCUACAGCUACCUGAACCCCGAGGGCGAGACCAUCACCGUCAAGUAUACGGCCGGCGCCAACGGCUUCCAGGUGGCCAGCAACGCGCUGCCCGUGGCGCCCGUCGACACCGGCGUGGCGCCCGUCGAGACGCGCACGGCGCCCAUCGACACCGGCGUGGCGCCCCUGCCGGUCGACUUCACGCCCGAGGUCAAGGCCGCCACCGCCGAGCACCUGGCCGCCGUCGAGGAGGCCAAGAGCCGCAACAAGCGCAGCCUGGUCUUCCCCACGCCGUCCGUCUACGCCGGCGUGCCCGCCUUCUACUCGGCCGGCUACGGUCUGGCGCCCGCCCCGGCCGUCACCUACUCGGCCGGCGCCGGCUACCCGGCAGAGCUGACCGAGGUCAUCCUCAACCCGGGACACGCCACCGCCUACCGGGUCGACCCGGUCGCCUAGAGCGUCCGCCGCCCGUUCAUGUCGCUAGUCUGUCUCUGGAGUCAGCCGUCCGUGCGGUGGGCGGCGGUCAGUGCGAGUCGCUCCGGCUGCGGCCGUCAGCGGACGAGCAAGUGGGCCGACAGGCCGCCGCGGCGCCGGCGCCGUGUGAUCGCCGGCGUCGCAGCGCGGUGGCCGCUGGCCACAGUGCCCGUCCCGGCCGGAGCGGCUCGAUCAGGACCGCCCGCCCGACACACGGACUCGCCGUCAUCAGACGCAGCCAACGCCGUUAUGAUUGACGACGACGACCACUGUUUGAUCCCCCUGUGACUCUGACGCACGGUUCAUUGGUGUAUAGUUCAUCUGCUGAAUAUAUACAUUCACUUUCGUA